AUGUCUCUGCAGUGCGUGGCGCACGCGGUCCGAGCGCUUGCCGUGCUUCCGGCGCCAGCCUCCCCUCGCCGCCGGACAAGCCAUGUGUCCCUAUCCCUUCCGACCCGGCGGCCAGGGCUCGCCGUCGCGCCGAUCCACGCGGCGGAGUCGUCCUCCCCGCCCGCCGUGCCCGCCUCCGCGGCCGGCAAGGCCGUCGUCCUGGACGACGAGUUCUCCCUCGCCAAGGUGUCCUUCGGUGUGAUUGGGCUGGGGGUUGGGCUCUCGCUCCUUUCGUACGGAUUCGGGUCGUAUUUCAACCUGCUUCCUGGUUCGGAGUGGUCAGCUUUGCUGCUAACCUACGGGUUUCCUCUCACAAUCAUCGGCAUGGCCUUGAAGUAUGCAGAACUGAAACCAGUGCCCUGCAUAACCUACGCUGAUGCCUUUGCUCUAAGAGAAAAGUGUGCUACCCCUAUUCUGAAGCAGGUCAGGAGUGAUGUUACACGUUUUAGAUAUGGUGAUGAGCAACACCUGGAUGAAGCACUACAGAGAAUCUUUCAAUAUGGUUUGGGUGGUGGCAUUCCUAGACGUAAUGCACCUAUAUUACAAAAGAUUCGAGAAGAAGUAACUGAGGAUGGGAAAUACAGUUUAGUACUCGUAUUUGAAGCCAAAGCAUUGGAGCUAUCUGAUUUUGAGAAGAGACAGGCUAAAUUCACCUCCUUUUUUGGUCCUGGGAUUAAGGCAGAAAUUGAACCCCAUGAUUCUGGGUCCCAACUCCAGAAGCAGAACAUCCUGGUGAAUCUGCAGCAGGUUUACAGGAAGUCAGUCAGGACCCUGGCAUGGUUUGCUCACUGGAAAGCAUUACAAUCAGAAGCUAUAAGUCAUGUCCACAGCACACAAUAUUCCAGCCUCCACUCUCUUCAGCUUCUCACAAAGCAGCACCAUUAUGAAGUCUCCUCCCACUGCCAAGGCACUUGUUGUAGCCACCCUCUCAGCCCUGCUGCUCCUUCUCUUCUUUGUCCUGCUCUGUGGCUCUUCUUCAUCAUCGCCAUCGCCGCAGCUGCAUUCGCGACCGUCUAUUGUGAGGAGCAGAAGGCUUCUAUCGACGCAAUGCCGUGA